AUGUCUCGCCUCAACCACGCCCACCGAGUCCUCUUACUGAUAUUUAAAUUAUCUCCAUCUGAUCUCCAAUCAUACCAGAAAGUCACCCAGGCUGACAGAAAGUCAGAGCAGACAAGACAAACUUACCAGACGAAAAAAGUCGAAUUAUCGUCACAUCUACACCACACAGACAAAACCACAAUGCCCUCUUACAACACCCCAGCCUACUACCCCACCUCACCCCCAUCCCACGGCCUUCCCAGCGACGAAUACAAGUACCUAAAACGACAACAAGAAAAAUCCCAUCUAGAAUGGCACUUGGCUAAAAAACACAUCCUGCCACCUCCUUCCUCUUCUUCUUUUCCUUCUUCUUCUUCCUCCUCCUACACCUCCACCCCCUCCUUCUCUUCUUCUUCUUCCUUGUCCUCAUCCUCCUACCCGCCACCCCCCUUCCCCCCAACCCCCUACCAAAUCCAGCGCCUCCCGCACGCCCACCGCGUGCAAAUCUCAGAGGUAAAAAACGCAACGCGGGAAGCACUAGCUUCUGUGUUUGAUUCCAGUAGUGACGAUGAUGUGUAUGAGACGUGGCCGCGGAGCCGACGUGAUGACAGUGCGUAUCGCCGUAUGAGUUCAAGGAGGGAUGUCGAUGAGUAUUAUGCUAGGAAUCGAGGGAGGGAGAAUAGGGGGAGUGGCGGGUCGAUGCGGGUGGGGUAUCAUAAUAUGGGUAGGUAUGGGGGUAGUAGUAGGUUUUCGGCAGAUGAGGAUGUUGGGGGACUGAGGCUUGGGAGUAAGUUUAGUUUUGAUAGUUUGGAUGGUGCUUAG